AUGAUCCGGCCCGUUGUUCUUCCGAUGGCUUCGGGUGCUUGGCAUAAAAUUCCUUGGCAACUUGACCUGGACGAUGAAAUGAAGCAUGGAAGCAACGAGAGCUUCACAACUCACACCCUCAUCACUUCGGCUCGCACACGUCUUGACGGCUGUUAUUUACCCCGGACCGACAGCAUUGCCCUAGCGCUCCGCCCUGAGCUUCGAACCGAGUGCUCCCGAGAGCCAGGUUAUGAAGACAUCAUGACUUCCCGAAAAACGCAGCAGGAAAUUGACAAGACCUUCAAGAAGGUUGGCGAAGGCAUACAGUCCUUUGAAGGCAUAUAUGACAAGAUACGAACGUCUAGCAAUGCCGCCCAACGGGACAAACUAGAGGACAACCUUAAACGAGAAAUCAAGAAGCUCCAACGGUUUCGAGAUCAGAUCAAGACGUGGGCAGCUGGUAAUGAAGUCAAGGACAAGAGCCCGCUGCUGGAACAACGGAGAGCCAUAGAAACAUGCAUGGAACAAUUCAAGGCUGUAGAGAAGGAGAUGAAGACCAAGGCAUACUCGAAAGAGGGGCUUUCGGCUGCAGCGCGCUUGGACCCGAAGGAGAAGGAGAAAGCGGACACCUGUGAUUUCCUCUCCUCGACGGUCGAUGUUUUGCAGCAGAAGAUAGAGGCCAUGGAAGCCGAGGAAGAGGCCCUGCAGGCAUCAAUGAAGAAAGGAAAAAAGGAUAUCGUCAAGUCGAACCGGUUAGCAGACAUAGAAAGGUUAUCGGAACGGCAUAAGUGGCACGUUGGGAAACUGGAACUACUACUACGGUCUUUACAGAAUGGCAAUGUCGAAACGCACCAAGUACUCGAUGCCCAAGAGGCGAUAAAAUACUACGCUGAGGAUGGACACAAUGCCGAUUUUUGCGGCGAGGACGAGACUAUCUACGACGACCUACCACUGGGAGACGAAGAGGCUCAAUUCGGCAUGAACAACGACAACGAUCGAGGAUCAUCACAGGACACCCAAUCGAUACAAGACGACGACAUGGAUUCUCGGCCACCCAAGAGUAAAUCGGAAUCAGGUCCUGCAAGGCGGCCGUCAACACAGAUGAAAUCUCCCUUACCGGUCCUCGCCACCCUGCACCUCAACGGUCCUUCAUCGUCGUCCGCAAGCGCAAUGAAACCCGCACCUCCUCCCGCACGGUUACCUGGAGAAACGCUCAAAUAUGCCUCUGCUGCUGCCGCGGCUGCUGCGAGUGAUAAAGCAGGUGUUGGAAUUGCGCCACUCCCUCCACCGCCAGGUGCAAGCCCGGCUGUAUCAACAACACAACUCGCCUCCAAAGCGUCGUCAACGGCAUCGCCUUUAGUACAACCCGCGCAGCCAGUUCAAGUCCAAAGGCUGGUGUCCUCCGCGGGCAGCGUAGAUGAGUCAGGCAGCCAAUCGAAGUCCCCUACCCUAAGUCCGAGCGUAACGGCAGCCAGUCGACCUGGAACUAUGCCUCCCACGCCCGCAAUGUCAAAAAUAGAAGCCUCUACGGCAUCAACAACGACGGCAACGGCAGCAACGGCAUCGAAUAAAGACCGCACAACUACCAAUGGCCAGACAAAGGGGAAGAGCGGGGAAGAGCCAGCUGCAGACGAAUCAGUGUAUCAUCUACCUCCCGGUUUACAAGAUUUAAUCCACUCCUUCGAAGUGACGAAGUCACGAUCGACGGCCCCCCAGUCAACUUCUGUACAACGACUACUGGUAGCCUCACAUAGCACAUGUCCAGAACCCGGAGAUGCGGAGAAACCUCGCCAUUACAAACGUCAAACACCCUACACAACGCCGAUUUACUAUCCCCAGGAAACAUUACCCAUCUUCGAUGACCCACGGCUAUACGAAACAGGGAGAAUAGAUACAGACACGCUGUUUUAUCUCUUCUACUACCGUCAGUCCACGUAUCAACAGUAUCUGGCCGCCAAGGCGCUGAAGAACCAAAGCUGGCGCUUCCACAAGCUGUAUCAGACCUGGUUCCAGCGGCACGAGGAGCCAAAGAAUAUUACUGAGGAAUAUGAGCAGGGCACGUAUCGGUUUUUCGACUAUGAGAGCACCUGGAUGAAUCGACGAAAAGGAGAUUUCAAAUUUGUCUACAAGUAUCUUGAAGAUGAUCUGUAA